UGUGCAAAACCGAAUCGCACCAAUUUAGAAAUUCAUCAGGCCGGGACAUUCAUUAUCGACAUCGGCGAUUAACCAAAUAUACAUAUAAUUUGUCAUAUGUAUAAAUAAUUGCGGCUGUAUCGUGCAGGUACACACAGCACGCGCACGACGCGAUAAAAAAUCAGCGCCGCUGCUGAUAACAGUGCAAAAGUUCUAUUUCGGUUAAUUUUUUUUCUCUCAAAUAACCGUGUUCGGGAGCAUAGGUUCGACUGGGAUAAGGUUUUUGUGAUUUUAAUGCUAUGACCGAUACGUAUCGUGUCAUUCAGAGCGAUGGCUGUCAAGCUGAUUAUUUGUUGCAUAAGUAUUUUGUGAACGACUUUCGCACAGGCUAUGUAGAAGUCGGCAGGAACAAAACGUGCCUUCCUAUCAAAUACCUCAAGUUCAAGGAUCAAAUCAGAGACUUUGCGAUCAGGAACGAGGACGUAUGGGUGAUAUCGCAUCCGGAAACCGGAACAGUAUGGCUUCAAGAGAUGGUUUGGUGUAUAUUACACAAUUUGGAUUUCCAGAAGGCUAAAGCGCCUUUACAAGAACGAGUACCAUUUUUAGAGCAUUCGAUACUAUAUGAUUUCGACAAUAUCAAUUUAAAAGAUAAUGUAGAAAUACCAGCAUCAGCGUUAAGGUCAAUUAAUUAUGUUUCUAAGAAAAGAGGAAGCAGAUGCAUCAAAACGCAUUUGCCCUGGGAACUCCUUCCACUAGCGAUACAGACACGAAAAUCUAAAUCUAAGAUAUUAUACAUAUGCCGAAAUCCAAAGGACACUUGUGUAUCUUAUUAUCAUCACUGCAGAGUGGCCGAAGGCUUCGCCGGAACUUUCGAAGACUUUUGCGAAUUAUUUAUGGCAGGCAGAGUGUCGUUCUCCCCGUACCUGAAACAUGUCAAGGAGUUUUGGGAGAGACGCAAUGAGCCUAAUAUCCUUUUCUUGAAGUACGAGGAUCUCAAAGCCAAUCUUCGCGGAGAGAUCAAGAAAGUAUCACAGUUUUUAGAAAAGGACCUUAGUCCUGAGCAAGUUGAAAUUUUAGCAAGACAUUUGAGCUGCGAAAACAUGCGGUCCAAUCCUUCAAUUAACUACGAGGACAUACUCAACAUGAACGAGAAGGGCGGAUCGGCGGGCGACGCAGCCGCUGACUACGAAUUUGCGGUCGGUAGUUACAAAUCCCAAAUGAAUCCCGAACUUAUUAUGAAAUUUGAUAAUUGGAUAAAUCAGACGAUGGAGCAUAUACCUUUGCACUUUUAGCAAAUAUCCUGUCAAAAUAGUUACUUUGCAGAAUAUUUCUAAAGCAAGCAAGUAU